CGGCAGCGGCUCGAGGCCUUCGCGGACAAGCUGGCCGCCGAGCGCACCAAGCGCCGCCAGGAGCGAGCGCAGCAGCGCGCCGAGCAGCGCCGGCAGGAGUGGCUGGCAGAGAAGCGUCGCGCAGAGGAGCGCGCGGCGGAGGAGGCGCGCCGCAUCAAGGAGGAGGAGGAGCGCAAGGAGCGAGAGGAGAGGGAGAGGAAGCUGGCGGAGGAGCAGGCCGCCGCCCGGGAACGUAAGGAGAAGGAGGAGAGGGAACACCAAGAGUACCUAGCCCGCGUGGAGGCCAAAGCGCGCGCCAAGGAGGCCGAGGUGCAGCGCCGGCUCGAGGAGCAGAAGGCGGCCGCCGCCUCCUCAAGCUCCUGGCGGCGCGGGGACCCCCCGCCGCGCGACAAGGACGGCAAGCCCGACGACAAGGACAGCGCAUGGAGGAGCAAGGGAGACGCCAAGGAUGACAAGAAGACGGAGCCGUGGCGGCCAGCGCGCGUGCGCGAGCCCGGCGCGCGCGACGAGCGGCCGCGCUCCCCCCCGUCCCGCGCCCCGCCCGCCCGGGACGACAGGGACAGACGCGACGAGCGUGCACCCCCGCGCGACGAAGGCGCCUGGCGCUCGGCUCGCGACACGCGCGACACACGCGACACUCGCGACACGCGCGACACUCGCGACACGCGCGACACACGUGACGCACGCGAGCCGAGGGACUCAAGGGACACGAGGGAACCGGAACGCGACAGGCCUCGGCCAGGCUACGGCGGGCGCUCCAGCGGGCCCGGCGCCGAGGGCGGCGGCAGCUGGCGGCGCGGCCCCGCAGACCCGCCACCGGCACCUACCGAACGAUCAUCAGCCUGGCGUACUAAAGACGCUCCACCCCGCGAGGACCGCUACCGCGACGCCCCGCGUGGCGACCGCGACGGCCCGCGCGACCGCGACGGCUUCCGCGACCGCGACCGCUUCCCGCCGCGCCGCGACGACGGACCCCGCGACCGAGACGGCCCGAGACGCGACGACCGAGACGGACCCCGGGACCGCGAUGGACCGAGACGGGACGACCGCGACGGGCCGAGGCGAGAUGAUCGCGACGGGCCGCGACGCGACGAUCGGGACAGACGCCCGCCGCCGCCUCGUCGUGACGAGAAACCCCGCGACCCCGAUGGUGACGACUGGCAACCCGUCACCCGCCGCUAAGCGCACACAAGGGUUCAGUAUCACCCGAGACCACUUUGAAAACACUACCCUGUUGUGUACGGCACUAGGUUCAAUAUUGUAUAACUGCCGUCUAAAUUUUCAU